AUGAAGUGUCUGGUUCUCGUGCUGCUCGGCCUGGUUCUCGCCGAGGGACUUGUCAGGGUUCCUCUGGUGAAGAAGAGGAGCAUCAUGAAGGAGAGAGGGAUCACUGAGGAAACGCUGAAGUCCAGCCAGUUCAGCUCAGAUCAGGAUUACUACGAGAGCCUCGUCAACCAGCAGGAUAUGGCGUAUUUUGGAAAGAUCGGUAUCGGAACUCCUCCUCAGUACUUCUACGUCCACUUCGACACCGGCUCCAGCACCCUGUGGGUCAAUUCGGUCUACUGCAACAGCGACGCCUGCAGCAGUCAUCCUCUGUUUGACCCAAGCAAGUCAUCCACGUUCUCCACCGACAACAAACCGUUUUCAAUCAAAUAUGGGACCGGGAGCGUUCAGGGAUUCAUCGGCUACGACACGAUCACAAUGGGUCAGCUGAUCGUCACCAACCAGGACUUCGGUUUGAGCACCGUUGAGCCCGGCGAUCACUUUGCCAGACCCCUGCAUGACGGACUCAUGGGUCUGGCCUUCAAACCCGACGAUCAGACCAUCGUGGAUACCAUGAUCAAAGAGGGCCUGAUCGAGGAGCCCAUCUUUUCAUUCUACCUGAGCAGGGACUCCGAGACCGGCAGCGAGAUCGUCUUCGGUGGAACCGAUCCCGAUCACUACCAGGGCCAGAUCCACUGGGUCCCAGUGCAACCAGACAGCCACUGGCAACUGGUCAUCGACGGGUUUGAGGUGAAUCACCAGUCCACGGGAUGGUGUGAUGGUGGAUGUACGGCCAUAACAGACACCGGAACUUCACUCCUGCUCUGCCCACCACAGCACCUGGACUCUCUCCAUCAGAUGCUCGGAGCCCAGCAGGACGACAGCGGCAACUACGUCUUCGACUGUAAUUCGGUGGACAGCCUACCCCCGCUGACCUUCAUCAUGAACGGAGCUCACCUUCACCUGCCAGGCUCCGCCUACGUCCUGCAGGGCGACGGUUCCGGGAGCUGCAGGAGCGGAAUCCACUCGUCCCACACCGAGUACCGGAACGGACUUCCAUACUGGAUCCUGGGAGACGUCUUCCUCAGGGAGUUCUACUCCGUCUUCGAUCAGGGAAACGCACAAGUGGGAUUCGCCACCCUCGCGUAGAAAUCUCGAACGUUCUGAGAUGAAAACAGGAGCAGGUUAUGGGGUCGGAUCUCUUUCCUAAAGCCCUGAGGAACGUUCAC